GCCGCCGCCCGGAGUGGACCGACCAUGCCGCGUUCCUUCCUGGUGAAAACGCACCCCAGCCACAGGGUCCCCAACUACGGGCAGCUGGAGACACAGAGAGAAGCCAAUGGUGCCUGCUCUGAAUGUGGGGGACUGGUGGUACCCCUCCACCCUCCAGACAAGGAGGCCCCUUCCUCACCUGGUGAUCCUCCCCAGCCCUGUGACCGCACCUCCACCAUCGCACACAUCUCCCUGCCCUUCCUGCCACACCAUGAGGAAGCUCUGGGGUCCUCUGGGCCAGACCCUCUGCAAAUGAGCUGGGCAAGCCCUCGGGCCGGCUGCACCCCUAGUGUGCCCCUCAAAGACAGCCUGAACCACUUCAACCUGCCCCCGCUGCUAUUGCUGCCCACACGGUGGCCCCCAAUCCUUGGUCCAGAUGGGGACGGGGCUCCAGACAGACAUCUCGGGGCUGAGGGCAUACCUCAAGCCCCAGGGGGCUUCAAGUGCACCCACUGCCACAAGCCCUACCACACGCUGGCCGGCCUGGCCAGGCACCAGCAGCUGCAUUGCCACCUGCCAGCCGGGCGUGCCUUCACCUGCAGGUACUGUGACAAAGCGUAUGCCAGCCUGGGUGCCCUCAAGAUGCAUAUCCGCACCCACACGCUGCCCUGCGUCUGCAAGGUCUGUGGCAAGGCCUUCUCCAGGCCCUGGCUGCUCCAGGGUCACAUCCGCACCCACACAGGUGAGAAGCCGUAUGCCUGUCCUCACUGCAGCAGGGCCUUCGCUGACCGCUCCAACCUGCGGGCCCACCUGCAGACCCAUUCUGGCACCAAGAAAUACCAGUGCAAAAGCUGCUCCAAGACCUUCUCACGCAUGUCCCUCUUGGUGCGCCAUGAGGAAGCCAGCUGCUGCCCUGGCCCCUGAGAGGUGUGGUGGGGUAGAGGGGCCUCACACUGAGAGCCAAAGGGUAGCAAUCCUCUUGGUGGUCCUGUGUCACCUGAGGCACCCAGAGGAACCAGGGAACCUAGAGGACAGGGGCCCAGCCACUGCUGCCUGUGUCCAACCAGAACCCAGAAGUCUAGUGGGGCCAUUAGGGGACCUCCCACACUAUGGAUCCCCACUCAAAGGAGACGUUACUGAAAUGAGAACCACAGGUCCAUUUUCAACGUGGUCUGGUUCUGGUCUCAUUCUUCCAAGAGGUUACUGGGAGAUGCUCACGUGUGCUGGGCAAACUCUGCCCAUGCACCGGCAAACAGGCUGCCCGGGUCUCUCGGCACACAGCUGGAAGUGAGCAGUUUCUCGUUGUGGGAGCACAUGGCGCUGUCUGACCUUGGGAGGCGUAGCUACUUCUCGGCCAGCCCCACCUGCCUUUGGCUUAGGGUCUGGGGACAGGCUGUCUCCUGCUCCACAUGUGCACACACACACCCUCCCACCGCCCCCAGACAACCCAAAAGAUGGAGCAGGGCUGGGAGAACAGUAUGGCGGUUUGGGACAAAGCCAGGCCUGCCUAAGCUGUGCCUCCAGAACUGGUCCUGCUCAGAGCAGGGGGCUGGCCUCGGUGUCUUGCUGACUUCUCUCAGGGCAAAUAGCUGUGGGGUAAUAAACAAGCUCCUCACUGCUGUCUGCUGUGUUCUUUGAAAUCUUGAGUCUCGCUCAAUCCCCUGGGUCUACAGAGGAGAUGGACCCUGAGGAAUUAUCUAGCGUCAGGACU